AUGGGCAAACUCAAGAAGAAGGGCCAAUCCGGCCAGGCCAAGAAUUACAUUACGCGCACGCAAGCGGUUAAGAAACUGCAACUCAGUCUGCCCGACUUCCGCAAGCUGUGCAUCUGGAAGGGCAUCUACCCGCGCGAGCCUCGGAGUCGCAAGAAGGUGUCUAAGUCGGCCACCGCCUCGACCACCUUUUACUACACCAAGGACAUUCAGUAUCUCCUGCAUGAGCCGCUGCUGCAGAAGUUCCGCGACCAAAAGGUUCUCGAGAAGAAGAUCUCGCGCGCCCUCGGCCGCGGUGAUGUCGGCGACGCCGCCCGGCUCGAGCGCAAUGCCGCCCGCCCCGACAAGACGGGCAAGCCGCGCUACACGCUCAACCACGUCAUCCGCGAGCGCUAUCCAACUUUCAUCGACGCCCUGCGCGAUCUGGACGACUGCUUGUCGAUGCUGUUCCUGUUUGCCAACCUCCCGUCCACGACUGCCGUGCCGGCCAAGAUGAUCGCCCGCUGCGAGCGCCUUUGCCUCGAGUUCGAGCACUACCUCAUCACCUCACAUAGCCUCCGCAAAUCGUUCCUGUCGAUCAAGGGGAUAUACUACCAGGCCAGCAUCCAGGGCGAGGACAUUCUGUGGCUGGUGCCGUACAAGUUCAACCAGAGGGUCGUCGGGGAUGUCGACUUCCGCAUCAUGGGGACCUUUGUCGAGUUUUAUAUGACGCUGCUCGGAUUUGUCAACUACCGCCUGUACACGGCCGUCGGCCUCAAGUACCCACCCAAGUUCGACCAGCUCAAGGAUGACCAGGGUGCUGAGCUUGGUGCUUUUGCGCUCGAGGGCGUCAACAUUGCGACAAACGAUGACACCAAGGCCAUUACGAAUGGCGAGGCGGAGCACGGCCCCGAUCCCAAGGUCCAGGCCGAGGUGGACAAGAUUGUGCAACAGCUAAGGGUUGAGUCGGACGAUAAGGCGUCUGAGGAGGGCCCUGCCGAUGAUGUCGAGGGCGAAGAGAAGCCCAGCGAUGCCAUUGACAAGUUUGAGCCUGUCGCCCCCGGCGGCGAUGUUCUUCCCCAGCCGUCAUACAGCAGCAGCGACCCAGCGCAGUUGUUUUCCAGGCUCACAUUCUUCCUGUCCCGCGAAACCCCGCGCCAGUCUCUGGAAUUCAUCCUCCGCGCGUUUGGUUGCAAGAGGAUAGGCUGGGACUCUGUUCUCGGCGAGGGCUCCUUCACAACGGACGAGUCGGACCCGUCCAUCACGCAUCAGAUCGUCGACAGGCCAGUCGUCCAGGCCGCCAUGAACGAGGAGGGUGAUGGCGAGGACAACCAGACGUCGCAGAAGGUCGGGCCUAACCACCGGUACCCCGGGCGUCUGUACGUGCAGCCGCAAUGGGUGUGGGACAGCGUCAACGACGAGGAGCUGAAGAGCCCCGAGCUGUAUGGCCCUGGCGCGGCACUCCCGCCGCAUCUCAGCCCCUUCGUCAAGCCCACACAAGGGCAGUACGAUCCCACCAUUCCUCUGGAGGAGCAGCAAUCAGAAGGCGAGGCGAUCGAUGCCGAGCUGGAAGAUGCCAACGAAGAGGCGGGCGAAGAAUCCGAUGUUGAGAAUGACAUGGACGUCGCCUCCGACGAAGACGAGGAAGAGGAAGAUGAGGAGGAAUUUGAUGGGGUCUCUGUGUCCGAAGAGGAGGAGGGCUCCGAGGACGAGGAGGAAUCGGCCACGUUGCAGCGGCAGCGAGAGCUCGAGGCUGAGAUCUCGGGCAAGUCGGUGAAGGGUGACAAGAAGAUGGACGCCAAGACCAAGGCGAAGCUGGAGGCCAAGAAGGCGCUCGAGAGGAAAAAGAAGAGCGAGGCCGAGGACUUGGAGCGGGCUAAGGGGAUGCUGAGCAAGAAGAAGCGCAAGCUGUUUGAGCAGAUGCAGUACACGAACAACAAGAAGAGCGCGGAGGACCUGAAACUGAGGCAGAAGAGGAGGCGGCUGGAGAAGGAGAAGAAAGCGUAG